GUUUCUAUGUAUAAACAAUGUUUAACUUAUGCAUGGCACCUAUCUUUUAACAGCAACCUAAUUGAAUGGACAAAGCGUCAGGAACUCGAGAGUGAAAUGUGUACCCAAAAUGAAACAGGAACAACAUCAAUCAAUGUAAGAAGUAUACAUCGCAAUGGCCUGGGCAAAAUAAUCAUGAAGUAUGACCAAGAAAUAAAGAACAAAACGGCGCCAUGUGAACUCAAUGCCGCAAAGGCAAAUAAUCGAUGUUUGACGGACGUGAUAAACGUCUUUAAAUGCACACAAAUAACACAAAAGAUAAAACUACAUAUUCCAGGGACGACAAAGAUGAAAACUGAUACAAUUAUUGUCG